AUGGGAAUGGCAACGAUGGACUGGGCCCCGACAUACUUCGGAGAGGACCCCGAGUACUGGGAAGAGGCGCCACGAAAGGAAUGGAAAUUCGUUAUAUGGACGGGCCGAGGAGGAAGACUCCUCCGGGGGUUUGGAAAGGGGACUAAGCUGCCCCAAGCUGUGGAGGAGCAGCUACAAGGGUAUAAAUAUCAACCAGUGAUCCGCGAAUGGACCAAAGACCUUGCUCAGAAAAAUGAAGUCCAAGCGAUCGCCGAAGUGCUGGAGGGGGAUGCUUAUAUUGCGAUUCCUAGUACUCAGAAUCCGAACAACGAUGUGAAUGGAUGGGACACAACCUCGGCAUGGGGAGGAUGGGAGUUUCCCGCUCUUGCACUAAAUGAUAAUUUUGGAACUCUCUACCGGUUGGAUCCAACCAAAAAAGAAAAGCCAGUCAAGAUCUGGCAAAAGGGGGAUCCCAAGCCAGAUCAGCGGCCAAAAGGCAACAGGCAGGACAUCACAUUUAGUGGAGACUACGGAGACUUCUUCAAAGGGAAAUCCAAGACUUUUCUCCCUCUUCAACAGAAGCUAAAAUCACUGAUGGGUAGAUAA